AUGCCCUCGAGACAGCGCGCACGCAUCAGCAUCGACCGCGGCGGUACCUUCACCGACUGCUUUGCUUCGUUGCCUGGGCGAGACGAUAUUGUCAUCAAGUUGCUCUCGGUCAACCCCGAGCAUUACAAGGAUGCACCCACAGAGGGGAUCAGACGGAUACUGGAGAUCAUAGAGGAGCGAGAGAUUCCCAGGGAGGAGAAGCUCGAGACCAGCGGCAUAGAACAUAUCCGACUCUCGACUACAGUGGCAACAAACGCACUUCUCGAGCGCAAAGGCGAGCCCCACGCACUCGUCACCACAAAGGGGUUCCGCGAUUUGCUGCGGAUUGGCAACCAGUCCCGACCAGCCAUCUUCGACCUCGCCAUCCGCAAGCCCGACGUGCUCUAUUCGGACGUGGUGGAGGUAGACGAGCGCGUGACCUUGGUAGGCUUCACCUCUGAUCCGAAGUUUGCAGAAAACAAGGUCGUAUUCAAUGAGGAUGGCAGCAUACAGAGCCAGUACAAGGGGGAGGAUAGGCCACCUGCUACUUGGGGUGACGAACGCGACGAGCAGGGCAGCAGCAACGCCUCCUCCGACCCGUCAAUCGUCCGCGGCGUCAGCGGAGAAGCCGUCGCCAUCCUGAAGCGUCCUUCGCGCUCGCAAGUGCACGACGACCUCCAAAAGAUCUACGACAGGGGUAUCCGCGCCCUCGCGGUUGUCCUCAUUCACUCGUUCACCUUCCCCGACCAUGAGAAACUGAUCCGCGACGUAGCUCGCGAGAUCGGCUUCAAGCACAUCUCCCUCUCCUCCGAGCUGAUGCCAAUGAUCAAAGCUGUGCCCCGUGGUACAAGCACGACGGCCGAUGCGUACCUCACGCCGGUGCUGCAGGCUUAUGUCGAGUCAUUCUUCCAAGGAUUCGACAAAUCGCUGAGGGAUGGCAGUGCGGGAACUAAGGUGGAAUUCAUGGCUAGUGAUGGAGGACUGAAUAGCGUGGAAAGAUUCAACGGGCUGAGGAGUAUCAUCAGUGGACCUGCUGGUGGUGUGGUCGGCAUGGCAUUAACGUCGUACGACGAGGAGGACGGGAGAGCCGUGCUUGGAUUUGAUAUGGGUGGGACGAGCUCCGACGUCUCUCGCUAUGCGAACCAGUUCGAGCAAAUCUACGAAACCACCAUCAGCGGCGUGACAAUUCAAUCCCCGCAAAUGGACGUCAACACCGUCGCCUCAGGCGGUUCCUCCCGACUAUUCUUCCGAAACGGCCUCUUCGUCGUUGGCCCGGAAUCCGCUUCUGCCGACCCCGGUCCAGCAUGCUAUCGCAAAGGAGGACCCGCAACAAUUACCGACGCGAACGUGGUCACCGGCAGGCUGGCGGUGGAGAUGUUUCCGAAGAUAUUCGGGCCAAAAGAGAAUGAAGGGCUAGAUGUCGAGGCGAGCAGAAAGGCCUUGGGCGAUUUGAGGGAUCAGAUUGCCCACGAGACGGGGAAGGGCAAGAUGAGCAUCGAUGAGGUUGCACUGGGCUUCUUGCGCGUCGCAAACGAGACGAUGUGUCGUCCCAUUCGAGCGCUCACCGAAGCGAGAGGGUACAGCGCCUCCAAGCACUUGCUCUGUUGCUUCGGCGGGGCUGGCGGACAGCACGGUUGCUCACUUGCGCGCUCACUGGGUAUAAGGACUGUCCUGGUGCAUAAGCACAGCAGUAUCCUCAGCGCGUACGGGAUGGCGCUCGCGGAUCGAGUAUUUGAGAGGCAGGAACCGUGCGCUGUCACGUGGGGUGGCGAUGAUGCCCAGGAGCGGGUCAAGGAAAGGAUGAAGGUGUUGGAGGAGGAGGUGCGCAAGGAGCUAAACGCACAAGGCUUCGAAGGAGAGGAGCGUGAUGGUGGACGAGUACGCGUGGAGAAGCUCCUCAACCUUCGUUACGCUGGCACCGACUCGGCGCUCAUGACUCUCGUUCCCACCGACUCGAGCGGUAAGGAGGGAUGGGAAGAGGUGGCGGAGCGCUUUGUCUCGACGUACCGUACGGAGUUUGGCUUCACGCUGGAGAAGGAUAUCCUCGUUGAUGACGUGAGGGUGCGAGGGAUUGGCAAGUCCUUCUCUGCUGCUGAUGAAGGCGAGAAGAGGGAGAGCGUGCACAAGGAGCACCGUAGAUUGAUGGAGCGAGAAGGCGGAUUCAAGGCAGCAAAGGUGCUGCAAAGCGGGAGUGAGGAGGAGCAGAAGAAGGCAGGCGUGGUUUGGAAGACUGUUUACUUCGGCAAUGGAGAAGGCAGUGGUGACACCGGCGAGGGGGAAGGAGCGAAUCGCACACGCACGCCCGUUGUACCGCUCAGCAAGCUCGAGGCAGGGGAGAAGGUCGAGGGUCCUGCAAUUCUGGUCGAUGGGACGCAGACCAUUACGCUCGAACCACGCUGCGAAGCCCACAUUACCUCGUCCUGCGUCGUCAUUACAGUGCAUUACGACAAGUAGGCCGGCGCUACUCCGCCUUUCAUUCAAUAUCAUCCAGCCAUGCUCGGCAGAGUCGCGCAAAUAGAGAAGAUCGAUGAGAUUUGACUGAAGCCGUGACCGGAUAGAGAGGGGAGACGCACCAAUGAUGACGUCGGGUAAGGUGAUGAGGGGCUAGGUGGUGUUAGGUACAACAGAAAAGUGGAACGAACAGAGACGAGAGAGGCUUUCUCAAGCCCUUUUGACGGUGAUGAAGAGGGGUUCGUCGCGUCCACUCUACGCCGGCGUUAGUGUGCAAGUGACGAU